AUGGAGCCUAUGUCAAACAACAGCCUGCGCGCAUCGUUGGAAAUCGUGCAUGACAACGUAGUUGAUGACACUGAAUAUAUCAUCCAUGAGUUCCUGCCCUCAUACCAACGGCGUCUCAAUCGCCUACGCUCCCCACUCCUACGAUGCGCUCUCCCGUCGGAGGUUACCUCCGAGAUCAUCUCUUUUGCCGCUUCGAGCAAUCGGUCCAAGCUCAACUCGUGGAUUCAUCUUGGCCAUGUCUGCCACGAACUUCGGGAUGUGCUCCUCGGGAUGCACGCCUUAUGGGCGGACGUCGUUUUUGAUCCUCGGUACGCGCGUCAUCGGGAGGAGCUCCUCAGGCGAUCUAGCGGCUGUCCGAUUGCCGUCGAGCUCGACUGGAGUGCGUCUAUGCAAGAGCUUGAUGACGCUUGUGAGCUCUUGCCGAGAGCACGCAUAUUUGAUAUCCCACUUCACACCCAAAACCAAGUGAAGACCAUCAGCACAAGUAUGAUGCGUAGUCCCCUCUCGUCCCUGGAGAAAUUUAGUCUCGAGCUCAGCGACGCCAUGGCGGCAAACCCCCUCUAUUUGAGCUCAUCCCAACUGUCCGCCCCGAAAUUACACACCCUCAAACUCGUGCGCAUCUUCAUUCCAUUCGUGGCGACUUCGCUCAGAGACUUGUCUCUUCUCUGGGCGCCAAUUCAUGGACAAGAUGCGCUCGCCUUUGCCGAAAUGCUUUCCGCUUGUGGCAAUUUAGAGAGCUUGACGCUCGAGGAGUGGAUCCCGGAAACCGACGCUUUGCUGCGCCUGCGCCACAAGAUCUUACUUAAUCGACUUACACAUCUCACACUUCGCGAGGAGAUGCCGCAGGUUCUUGCAUUGUGGACGGUGUUAACGGUCCCUCCAUCUGUGGUGCUCACUAUCUCACUUCCCACUCCACAAGGGCUCAUGGAUUAUGCGCAAUCCCUGCAUGUGUUUCUUCCACUGACGCAGAUAGACGGCAGCUCGAGGAAUACGAAACUCAGCGUACGACUCGCCAGCUCAAGUACUCAUACUUAUCUCACGCUUGCAUUGGGCUCUGCCAAUGGCGAACCUUCCUCCGCCCUCCACAUCGCGCCCUCCACGAACAGUCAUCCUCCGCUGCCCUCGUCACCAUGGCACCCUUCUGAACCCUCUUUCAAAUUCUCCGUCGUCACACAGAGAAUCACGGUCGAUGAGCUCGCAGACUUUCUGCGGACGGUAUUGACCGCUCUCGAAAUACCCGUCGAGAACAUUGACACUCUGGAAUAUGGCGAUGACAGCUUCGGCCAAAACGCCUUUGGCUGGCAGACAGAGAACGCUCGCGUCCUCUAUUCCAUGUUCCCCGCCGUGACCACUUUUUAUCCAAAUACCAUGGGCUUGGACGACAUCGAUUCCGGCCACGUUCUCGGCUCGUCGUCUUCACAACAAGAGUUCGACUACUUCCCGCUACUGCAAACUUUGCAUAUUCGCCGGAAGUUCUCACAAGCAGCCUUCGAAGGUCUGUUAAUCGGUCUCCAGAAGCGUCUAGACUUCGGAAAGCCCGUGCGUGUUCUCACGAUUUGGUGGAUAUAUAAGGAGUCGGAGCGGGAUGAGGAGCUGUCAGUGCUGCAGUGCUUGAGGCGUUUACAAGCGAUCGUGCCGAUUGUUCGUAUCAAUGUAUUUGUUGGUCCGAAGUGA